AUGAGCAAGAAGCGGGUACUCAUCAGCUACGGUGUUGAUGUUGAUGCUGUUGCUGGCUGGUUGGGCUCCUAUGGUGGCGAAAACUCGCCAAAUGACAUCAGCAGAGGGCUUUUUGCUGGCACAGUGGGCACGCGGAGAAUGCUGAAACUGUUCGACAAGUAUAAGAUCAGAACUACUUGGUUCAUUCCGGGUCACAGUCUAGAAACAUUCCCAGAAGAUAUGGCUGCAGUUAGAGAUGCCGGACAUGAGAUCGGCCUCCACGGCUAUUCUCACGAGAACCCAACCGACAUGACUAUCGAGCAGCAGCGAGAUGUCCUCGAUAAGACGUACAGAAUGCUAACUGAUUUUUGCAACGGCAAGACUCCGAGAGGAAGCGUUGCUCCAUGGUGGGAGACAAGUGCGGAAGGGGCCCAGCUCCUUCUGGAUUACGGCAUUGACUAUGACCACAGCAUGGCCCACCAUGAUUGUCAGGCCUACUUUUUGAACACGGGUGAAUCAUGGACCAAGAUUGACUACACUCAAAAAGCCGAAACCUGGAUGAAGCCUCUCGUGCGUGGUAGAGAUACUGGACUUGUCGAAAUCCCCUCGAAUUGGAACCUCGACGACUUACCACCUCUCAUGUUUAUAAAAGCAGCUCCGAACAGUCAUGGUUUCGUUAACACUCGUGACGUGGAAGAUACCUGGCGUGACCACUUCGACUACUUUUAUCGCGAAUACGACGAGUUCAUAUUGCCCAUAUCCGUGCACCCGGAUGUCUCAGGGAGACCACAUGUUAUCCUCAUGCACGAAAGAUUGAUUGAGUAUUUCAAAAGCCACAAGGGCGUAGAAUUUGUCACGAUGGCGGAAAUCGCGGAUGAAUUCAGGAGCAAGAACACGCCUGCCAAAGGUGCCCUAAUGCCGGCUGCACCCGGCGCCAUGUUGAGGAGGUAG